CUGGCAGGUGAGUGUUUGUGCCUGCCUGGGCAGCUUGAGCUCUUACCGAGGAUCUCGAAGAGUUUAACAUACUUUGCGACAUGCUCUGAUUCAACAACACAGAAAUAGAGUAUCAGAAAGUCCCCCCACCAAGUCUAUAAACACAGCAGAGAGAGAGAGAGAGAGAGAGAGAGAGAGAGGAGGGUGACCCUGCCCGAGCAACGGGAUAACAGCACCGGAAACCCCAGUACCCACACAAAAUUUCAAGAACACCUUAAAACUCGUGAGGCAUCCAGAUAUACAUCCACUUGUUUGUCAAGUUGUUUAAACAUUGUUUGUGAAGUGAGACAGAGACAUUUGUUUAUGAAUGAGGAAGCUCUUACUUUGGAGGCAGCUGUGUUUUCCAGGACUCUGUCAUGUGACUUCAUGUGAAGAAAGCAAGCAAAGCAAGACUGGAAGUGAAUAACAAGAUCACAGGGAGACAAAGGCUCAGAGAGAUGUCAUCAAGAUGCUGGAUAACAUCACCGGACUUGAGCUAACACUUGGAACUUUGAGCUGGUUAGACUUUAAGCUCCACAUCAUCCUCUGUUGUGCAACUACUGGACAUCUGAAAUCUCUCUGAGGCCCUGAAGGUCUUACAUCUGGAGGAUCUCACUGUUUAAUACUAACUUCCUGACUUCUCCAACGCCCACUCAGUGAUGGAUUCACAGGGUGGUCCGUACCUCAACAAGAAGGCACUUUGCUCACCUCUGGGUGCUGCCCGCCUUUGUCAGUUAGCUAUGGGCUGCUCUGUGAUUGCCAUGGUAGCCCACGGUGCCGGCUACAGUGGUUCACACGGCGUGUUCUGCAUGGCAGCGUGGUGCUUCUGUUUCGCCAUGUCAGUUGUGGUGUUUUUUGUGGAUGCUACUCGUCUCUACAGCUGCCUCCCCAUUUCCUGGGACAACCUGACGGUUACAUGCGCCGCCUUGGCGACACUCAUGUAUGUGACAGCCUCUGUGGUCUACCCAAUCUUCUUUGUUCGUAGUGAGUGCCCCUACGCCGGAUGCUAUGUUCGAGAUUUCCGCAUCGCUGUCACCGUCUGCUCCAUCCUGGGUACUCUGGCCUACGGAGGUGAAGUGGCUUUGUGCCGAGCCAGGCCAGGCCAGGCCAUUGUGGGCUACAUGGCCACCGUGUCUGGUCUCCUCAAAGUCGUUCAGGGCUUUGUUGCCUGCAUCAUCUUUGGAGCUCUGGCCAAUGGGAGCGAGUACUCCCGCUACAGUGCUACAAUCUACUGCGUUGCCAUCUAUGCUUUCUGCUUCGCUCUGACUGCACUGUUGGUCAUAAUGACCCUGUGUAGGCGGACCAAAGCUGUGUGCUGCAUGCCCUUUGAGCGUUUUGCAGUGGUGUGCACCCUUCUGGAAGCUCUGCUUUACCUCAGUGCGUCAGUGGUGUGGCCGAUUUUUUGCUUUGACACUAAAUACGGUUCCCCCUGGAGACCAUCGUCAUGUCCACAGGGGAAGUGUCCGUGGGACAGCAAGGUUGUGGUGGCGGUGUUUUCUUUUGUCAACUUUGUACUGUAUGUGGUGGACCUGAUCUACUCCCAGAGGAUACGAUUUGUCACUUCACCUGUGCCCACAAACUCACGGGUGUAGCACCAUAUGAAAACCUUAUUUGACAUCACUGGCUUAACAGGUGUAAGUUAUUUACUUGCUUCAUGGUUUAUGAUUUUGUUGGUGUAUUUAUUUGCUACUAAAAAACAGAAAUGAUUGAGGGGGAAAAGGAUGUGACGCCCAGGACAUCACUGCACAUCGUUUACCCCUGAGGCACGCGUACGCCUCAAAUUCAAUCAGAAAACGCUGUGGAAUGUGAACAAUGAACGUUACCCUUACGACUCCUGUGCCUCACCCCACUGAUGUGACACUCCAUCCCUCUAACUGACCCCCUCUGCCCUCCGAGAGAUUUAGGAAGAACAGCCACCCUCACACAAGCAGCCAGGGCCCACUGUUGUGCCAAAUCCUCAUAAAACAAGACACUCCCACUGCUCUUGUCCUGUGGCACAACACACUUCCUUGCUACUUGUAUUUCUGUUCAAAUAAUACAUAGAAGUCUUGAAUAUUAAUAGCAAAUCUGACACUGGCAUCUGCAGCAUUCCUGUCAUCCGCAAACCCCACACCAGCAAUCUACGGACAUUACCCGGGCUGCCAAAAAUAAACAUGAGCUGCCUGCACUCAUACUGAAGCUAUGAGACAGCAUUUAUAAGAGGCUAGUGUCUUUAAAACCUCUCUGAGAAAUGCUUCACUUAGUCUAUGAUGAAAAAAAAGUAAAACCAAUUUCAAAAACCAGACUUUCUACUGUGUCUUGUCCACCUCUAAUGUGACGCUGACCUGCAGUUUCAGUUACCGGGUUUGAAAACACACGGAGUUCACAGUUGCACAGUUUGAACCAGGUCAGUGUGACCCAGGUAUUUUUGCCCAUUCACACAGAAGAUGGUAAAUAUGACCUAAUAUGUCCUUUGCAUUUAGCAGCUUAAAAUAAUGAAGCAACAUCAGCUCAACCUUUAUGAGGACCUCUCGAGUUUACAGACAUGAUAGCAGAUGUCUUUCGUUCUUUUUGCUUGUGCCACACAAGUGUUGUUCAUGUACAAUAUGCAAACUGUGUUAUAGCAGGUGCAGGUUUGCAAAUGUAAAUCUUAACUGAUUUUCAAUACAGGAUCUUCAGUUUGUAAACAGAAGGCGGACGAUCAAUACAGGACAUGUGUCUCGUACGUGCUCCUCUCGUGCCCUCUCU